CAAGUGGUCCCGGGGUUGCAAAAUCCUUUCCACCUCGUCUUUCUCCUGGACAUCUCAUUCGUUCUGUGCAUCAAGAGAACUGCCAGAGCUUCACGUUUGAUGAUGCCCAACAGGAGGACAGGAAGAGACUGGCGGAGCUGCUGGUUUCGGCCCUGGAGCCGGGCCUGCCACCUUCCCGCCGCACCAUCUGGCUGCAGAGCGUCCGCAUCCUGUCUAGGGACCGCAGCUGCCUGGACUCGUUCACCAGCCGCCGGAGCCUGCAGGCACUGGCCUGCUACGCUGGCAUCUCCGCCUCCCCGGGCUCGGUCCCCGAACCCCUGGACAUGGAUGUUGUGCUUGAGUCCCUUAAAUGCCUGUGCAACCUCGUGUUAAGCAGCCCCGUGGCACAGGUGCUGGCGGCAGAGGCGGGGCUCGUGGUGAGGCUCGCAGAGCGAGUGCGACUGUACCGCCAGCGCAGCUUCCCGCACGACGUGCAGUUCUUCGACUUGCGCCUCCUCUUCUUGCUAACGGCACUUCGCGCCGACGUGCGCCAGCAGCUGUUUCAGGAGCUGCAGGGAGUGCACCUGCUGACCGAAGCGCUGGAGCUGACGCUGGGAAUGACCCCUGGAGAGAGGCCCCCUGAGCUCCUGCCUCCCCAGGAGACUGAGCGCGCCAUGGAGAUCCUCAAAGUGCUCUUCAACAUCACCUUCGACUCCAUCAAGAGGGAAGUGGAUGAGGAAGACACUGCCCUUUACCGGCACCUGGGGACCCUUCUGCGGCACUGCGUGAUGGUUGCUGCUGCUGGAGACCGCACAGAGGAGUUCCACGGGCACACAGUGAACCUCCUGGGGAACUUGCCCCUCAAAUGUCUGGACGUUCUUCUCACCCUGGAACCCCACGAAGGCUCUUUGGAGUUCCUGGGAGUGAACAUGGAUGUGAUUGGCGUUCUGCUGAGCUUCCUGGAGAAGCGUCUGCACCAGACGCACAGGCUGAAGGAGAGCGUGGCCCCCGCGCUGAGCGUGCUGACGGAGUGUGCCCGCGUGCACCGCCCCGCCAGGAAGUUCCUGAAGGCCCAGGUGCUGCCCCCGCUGCGGGACGUGAGGACCCGGCCCGAGGUGGGGGAGCUGUUGCGGAACAAGCUGGUUCGCCUCAUGACGCACCUGGACACCGACGUGAAGAGGGUGGCCGCCGAGUUCCUGUUUGUCUUGUGCUCGGAGAGCGUGCCCCGAUUCAUCAAGUACACAGGCUACGGGAACGCUGCCGGCCUCCUGGCGGCUAGGGGCCUCAUGGCAGGGGGCCGGCCUGAGGGCCAGUACUCGGAGGACGAGGACACGGACACAGACGAGUACAAGGAAGCCAAGGCCAGCAUAAACCCCGUGACGGGGAGAGUAGAGGAGAAGCCACCCGACCCCACGGAGGGCAUGACGGAGGAACAGAAGGAACACGAGGCCAUGAAGCUGGUGACCAUGUUUGACAGGCUCUCCAGGCACAGAGUCAUCCAGCCCAUGGGGAUGAGUCCCCGGGGUCAGCUCACAUCCCUGCAGGACGCCAUGUGCGAGACCAUGGAGGCACAGCUCUCCUCGGACCCUGACUCGGACCCUGACUGAGAACGGCUGCUCUUCUGCUGCCCUUCAGAACUGGUGCUGCUUCCAGAGAAGUCCUUGGGGCCAGGACCUGGAGAAGCCACAUCCCUCCCUCCAACUUGGAGACCCUUUUCUCUUUACUCCCAGAGUUCUAUUCGUGAUUUGCCUUUGGUCCAUUUUCUUCUCUUUAGGGCUGCGAGGGUCUUGUCCUACAAACUCUGGGAACUCAGCCUUGGUUUCCGCAAAUGAAGUGGUUUCUUUUAUGUGUGCCUGAGGGCAGGGCUUAACUGAAGGCAAAAUGUACAUGGGUUUGGGAGGGCGGGAGCUGAGUGUGGGCGCAGGCAGACACAGCACAUCCACAGCUGGCGUGCAGGCCCAGAGCUGGUGCUGGGCAAGCACCACAUUUCACAGGGGAAAGAACCUGCUGGAACUUUAUAUGCUCAUGCCAGAAACACGCUUCCAAGGUAUGAUCUGCUGUUUUUGUCCCCACUGAGUGCAGGGCUGGUAGCCUCUUGCAUUCUCGGUCCUGGCUCAGUGCCCAAGUUCUCUGGUUGUGACAGUUGAGUCUCAAUCCUUCCCACUGGUUUCAACCAUAAAUACAUGAAGGAAAAUGUCUCUCCUGAACCGUGAGUCUAGAUUUCUAUCAUGCACCACAGAGCUUCACGGAAACAUUAUUCUGGAAUAAAGAGUUCCAGGCAAGAACGUUUGUGUGUGAAUAUAUGUGCAAGACACCAAGUAAAGGCACGUU